AUGGCGUCGUUUGUCGUAGUAAGUUAUUAGCAACAGUAACAGAAAAGCUGAUAAAUUUUCUAAUUAGAUUGGUGAAGCUAUUAUAGGGGCACCGGACAGAAAGGGCGCGCUGUUCGCAAUCUGGCCGAAUUUCUAGGCCGCAAAGUAAUUUUCCACUGAAAAUGUGGCCUAACUUUUCAAACUCGGCCCCGAGGUCGCUCAAUUUGCACUGCAAAAAGAUUUUAUCAACAGAGCGGCAUUUCUGUGCCGUGCCACGGCGACCAAAAGUGUAGAAAGGGGCGUGGCCUAAUCUGAGUGAGACGCGUUUUCUGAAAAUUGCCGCAAUUCCAGCACUUUUCCGAUAUUUUUGUGUUUGAUAUCGACGAAAGAAGACAUUAAAGAGAGAAAACAUCGGAAUUUUCGUGAAAACGCUUAUUAUUUGUAUAAUCAAAACAUCCAAAUUUUCGUGAAACGUUUUUGGCAUAUUUCGCAAUACGCUCUCCGCGGCCAAUCGCCGCCGCCGCAAUUUCGGAAUUUUCAUACCGGCCGAUCUGGACAGUUCUGAGACGAAGUGAGUGUCGGACGUGAUUAAGCACGUUAAUACAAGUAUUUUAAGCGUUCAAACGGCAAAAAGUAUCGGCGAAUGACUGAAAUUCGCGCAUUUUCAGCAAAAAACUUAAAAUCGAUUCAAUUGAUUCAUUUCUGAAUGAAACCUGCUCGUUUUAAUGGGGCUAUUCAGACUGUGAAAAAAUGAUUGUUUUCCGUUUUUUCCGUUUUUUUACGUCAAAAAAUCCAAUUCAGCGAUGUAAAAAAACGAAAAAAAAACGGAAAACAAACAUACGCUGAAUAGCCCCAAAAUUUUACCGAGAAGAUUUACAAUUUACACGGGCGGGUAACUUUUUGGAGCCCCAUAAGCUCAAAAAGUGCGCGAUGAUUAGUUCAACAAAAACUUUAAAGUUAUGCAAUUACAUCGUCGAAAUCGUACAAAAUUUGGGUAAUUUUUUACGAAAAACAUGAAAAAUGGGGUAAAAUUUCGAAAUUCGCGCCAAAAUGGUGAUAAACCGUGCACGCUAGGCCACGCCCCUUUCCACGUUUUUGGUCGCCGUGGGUGCCCCCAGAAUAAUUAGAUUGCAAAAACACUGAUAUUAGAUUCAAAAUUUAUCUAAUUAGAUUAAAAUUUCGGGCAAACCUAGCUAGAUUAUGCUUAGAUUGCAAAAUCAGCUAGCUAGAUUCAGAAAUCUGUAGCAAUCUAAUUAGGUCCGGUUAGAAACGAGAAUUAGCUACGAUUUGCCGGAUAGUGAGUUUUCACGUGGGAUUGUGGUAGAACGCAAUUGCAGAAAAAUGCAGCCAUAAUAUAUUCCCUUGUUUCUUUUUUUUUCAUUUCUCCGUUUGUCUGUCCCCACUUUUUUCAUUUCUAAGCGAAAAUCAGUUGUCAGCAUGAGCUCGGCCCGGACAAGUUUCCAAAUUUCUUGUCAAUAUAUACUCUCAGUCAAAUCGUUUCUAAUCUAACUAGCUAAUUCUCGUUUCUAACCGGAGCUAGUUAGAUUGCUACAGAUUUCUGAAUCCCUUUCCAAAGAUCUCCAGAUCGCAAUUGACCGUAUUUCUGAAUGGUCCAAGAAUCACAAGCUGUCUCUUAAUCUCUAGUUAGUAACGGAAAAGAACACGGCCGCGGCGGCGACCUUUUCCAAUUUAGCACUUAUUUUUUUUACAAGACUUUUGAAGCAGUGGACAGAGUUCGGAAUGGCACACAGGCGAUAAGUUUACAGGUUGCUGCAGGUGCUGUACUCGCUGUCUCCGUACCAUUUCUAGCACUCAAAGAACUUUUGGAUGGACGCCUCCGUGCAAAUUUUCAAAAGCACUUAAAAAGACGACAUAGGUGUCGUAAGUAAUCAAUCUCAAAAAUCACACCAGUUCACGGAUUCAGAAGUUUCCUUUCACGCAAGUAAAAACAACGAAAAAGAGAAGGAUGAGCAGAGCUCACCCGCUCGGGUACCUUAUUCUCUCGAUCAAGGUAAGAACCGUUUGCUGAACUUCUUCACAUUGAAGUACCACGAAAAUAGUGCAACGACCAUCUUCCCCCCACCGAGCUACAGCCAAAUCUUGCAACCUCCUCCAUGUAAGUGCUACUUUGAUGGCUUUGAAUCAGGAGAGAUUUGAAUGUGAGCUUGAUAAAUCAAAAUUUGGUGCGGUGUAGGCUGGUCGUACAGGCGAUUUCAGGCGCCUGUUUACUCAACGCAGGGACGCGGCGGCGCGCUGAAAAAACAGGCGCUUGAAAAACAAUUAAUUUAAAAUAAAACGAUAAUGAUAAAUAGUUUAAUAAGCUUUUGCAUUGCAUAGCAAUGUCCGUAGCCAAGCCUGAAACCCGGCGUAGCCGAGAUGAAUAUUUGAAUCUUAUAUCAGUUUCUUUCAAUCUAAUUUGCUUCGUCAGUCUAAUCUCUGGGAACUCGAUCGCAAUCUAAUUAGAAAACUUUGCAAUCUAAUACGAACUCGUUUGAAAUAGAAUUUGCUUCAAUUAGAUUGCAAAAUCUUCUAAUUAGAUUGCAAUCACUGCAAUUUUUUCUAAUUAGAUUGCAAUCACUGCAAUUUUUCUAAUUAGAUUGCAAUCACUGCAAUUUUUUCUAAUUAGAUUGCAAUCACUGCAAUUUUUUCUAAUUAGAUUGCAAUCACUGCAAUUUUUUCUUAUUAGAUUGCAAUUUUUUCUAAUUAGAUUGCAAUUUUUUCUAAUUAGAUUGCAAUUUUCUCUUAUUAGAUUGCAAACUCUUCUAAUUAGAUUGCAAUCGAGUUUCCAGAGAUUAGAAAAUUUAUAUGUCUAGUUAGAAGAAUUUGUAAUCUAAUCGCAGUAAAUUAGCAAUCUAACUUGGUCCGGAUAGAAACGCGAAAUAGCUAACUAGAAUAGUAACGAUUUGCCCAAGCACUUUGAAGUCCAAAAUGACCUACUAAAACUGAUUUCUAAAAGUGUUGUGUGACACGGGCCGGCAAAGCGUAUUGGGGAGUGGAAUUUGUGAAGCUGUAACUUCUCUCAGAAACCUUACAUUUACCUCUGACCUGGCUCAUUUUGAAGAACCCAGUAAAAUUGAACUCUUAUAAAAAAAUCAGAGGUCCCUAUGUUCGAUUUCUGGAGAUAUAUUGAAAAAACCGAACGUCCUAUGUAUGAAAAGCCGAGCCGUGUGUGACUGAACCUGCAGAUGUGUCUCAUUUUCAACGAUAGAGAUUUUUCCCGCGAAAUUUGAAUCUUAUUUUUGCACAUACGCUUGAGCACGCCGCACGGUCUCCAGAGCUGACAAUAUGGGGGUGGCCUCGACCAAAUGGCGUUUUCAUGAAUUGAGCACACGGUCUCCAGAGCUGACAAUGGGCGCAAGUGCGCCCCCGCCCAAUAGAGCGAUACAUUGGCGCGAAAUUCAAUUUUAACAGCAAAAUUUGUGUUUUUUGCCAGAUUAGCCACGAAAAACCGAUAAUUUCUCAUGUGUUCCUCGAUAGACCGAUUGUAUAUGCUAUUACGAAUUUUUUAAGCGCAAGAGCGUUAAAUUUGUUCAAGUCGCAAAUCACAUUUAUCCGUUUGAAGGUUUUUGGCUAAAACUGCGUGAAUUUCAGUUGCUUUUUGGUAGUUUUCGCGGUUCGAGCGCUCAAAAUGCUUGUAUUUACGUGAUUUAUCAUUCUCAAAACCAAUUCUGUCUGAAAACGGUCAAGAAAGCGCAAAAUCAGAAGUGCGGUUUUUAGGCGGCGAUCGGCGACGAAGGCGAAAAAGCAAAAUCCGCGAAAAAUGCGCCAAAACGUCAUUAAUUCUGAGAAUUAGUGUGUUUUCAUGUCGAACAAUCAUUUCUCAUCGCCUUUGACCACAAAAAUCAGAGAAAACUUGCUCAAUUCAUGAAAACCUCUGGAAACUCGAUUGCAAUCUAAUAAGAAAAAGCUCUAUUUCGCAAUCUAAUCAGAUUUAAUUGAAGUUCCAGUAAAAUCGUAUUAGAUUACAAUAUAUUUUUCCUGCAUUGCAAUCUAAUAAGAAAAAAUUGCAAUCUAAUUAGAAAACAUUGCAAUCUAAUUAGAAAAAUUUCAGUGAUUGUAAUCUAAUUAGAAGAUUUUGCAAUCUAAUUGAAGCAAAUUCUAUUUCAAACGAGUUCGUAUUAGAUUGCAAAGUGUUCUAAUUAGAUUGCGAUCGAGUUCCCAGAGUUCGCCGCCGAUCGCCGCCUAAAAACCGCACUUCUCAUUUUGCGCUUUCUUGACCGUUUUCAGACAGAAUUGGUUUUGAUAAUGAUAAAUCAGGUAAAUACAAGCAUUUUGAGCGGUCGCACCGCUAAAACUACCAAAAAGCAACUGAAAUUCACGCAAUUUUAGCUAAAAACAUUCAAACGGAUAAAUGCGAUUUGCGACUUGACCAAAUUUAACGCUCUUGCUCUUAAAAAAUUCGUAAUCGCCUAUACAAUCGGUCUAUCGAGAGACAAAUGAGAAAUUAUCGGUUUUUCGUGGCUAAUCUGGCAAAAAACACAAAUUUUGCUGUUAAAACUUGAAUUUCGCGUCAAUGUAUCGCUCUAUUGGGCGUACUUGCGCCCAUUGUCAGCUCUGGAGACCGUGCGCCGUGGGGAUUUUGCCAUUCAUUAGACAAUUGCUUUUACUGGCGCGCCUCCUGAUCAUGUCCCUAAAUAUUAUUGUUACAUUUCAGAUGCGGAAUGCUCUUUUUCUUCAAUUCAAUGAGAAUGCAGGAACGUAUUUGGAAAUUUUUCUCGUUGAGUCUAAAAAAUUUUAA